AUGGCUGAAUACAAAAGCUUAAGGAUUAAGCGAGGUCAGUUUAAGAGUCAAUUAACGCGAUUCAGUAAUUUUCUUGAGUGUAGAGAAGCCGAUGAUUAUGAAAUUUCUGACAGACUUGAAAGGCUAAAAGAAGUCUGGGAUAAGUUUCAUAACCUUCAAUAUGCCAUAAAGGAGGUACGUAAACAGGGGCUUUCAGAAGAAAAAGAUCAGGAUCAAUUAGAGCGAAUAGAACGAGAAGAAAACGAUGAAGACACAGAAUUCGAAGACAAUUAUUUUAAGCUAGUGUCAAUAGCUAAAAGAAGAUUAGCACAAGUAAAUCCUGUAAAUGAAUCUGCGACAGUGGCAGCAGCAGGAAGGACCCUGACAGUGAAAUCCAGUGUAAAAUUACCAACGAUCACAUUGCCAACGUUCAAUGGGCAAUAUAGUCAGUGGAUGCAGUUCAAAGACUCGUUUCUUUCAUUAAUAGACAGAGACACAACGCUAUCAGCAGUUCAGAAGUUACAAUAUCUUCGAGGCACGCUGAAGGAUGAAGCAUUACAAUUCAUCGAAGGAUUGGAAACCACGGCUGAGAAUUAUCGUACAGCGUGGGAGUUGUUGAACAAUCAUUACGAGAAUCGAAGACUUAUCAUUAAUAAACAUUUGAAGGAACUUUUUGAAACUAUGCCAAUAGUUAAAUGUAACAAGCAAAGCAUAAGGCAAUUUGUAAAUCACGUAAGAUCACACAUUAAAGCAUUAGCUACGUUGAAACUGCCCGUAGACAAAUGGGAUGCAGUCUUAGUAUUUGUAGCGGCAAAUAAGUUGGAUUAUCACACGCACAAAGAGUGGGAAACGCAUAUUACUACCAAAGGGCAGGACGAACUGCCAAAAAUUGAUGAGCUGCUUGAAUUCCUAACAGGAAGAUACCAUAUGCUUGAAAUGAUAGAAAAGGAAAAAUCGGGAGCUGAGGCACGUAAACACAAUGAGAAAAAGCAAGAUAAAUCGUUGUCAUUAGCUUCUACAAGUAACAAUGAAUGUGAUUAUUGUAAAGGUCAUCACCGCAUAUUUAACUGUGAAAAGCUAUUGAAGUUACAAGUACCAUCACGCAUUAACGAAAUAAAGCAAUUGAAACUUUGUUUGAACUGUCUGCGGAAAGGGCAUUGGAGUAAAGAAUGUAAAUCGUCAGGCUGUAAGGUUUGCCAAGGCAAGCAUAAUUCUCUUCUCCAUAUAGAAAAUCAGAAAGAAAACAAAAGUCCCGAUGAAGUGAAUAAAGACAAUCCAAGCAACAUAGUAUCCACGUAUUGUGCAAAAAAUUCGCAGCAUGUAUUGUUGUCUACAGCGCAAGUAUAUAUUUUUGAUACCAAUAGAAGGCGACAUCUUUGUAGAGCGCUUCUAGAUCCUGGAUCGCAAUCCAAUUUAAUUACGAAGGCUUUAGCAGAUAAAUUACAUUUAACAAGUAAAUCUGUAAACGUUCCAGUUAGCUGUAUCAAUCAAACUAAAACAUAUGUGAGGCAAUCGGUAAUUAUUGAAGUACAAGCCAAAUAUAACAAAACAAGAUUUAAGCUAAAUUGUUUAGUGUUGCCUAGAAUCACAGAGCAAAUACCUCAGAUGCCUAUUGAUAUUUCUACAUUACAGAUACCAAAUCAUUUGAAGCUAGCGGACGAAAACUUCCACAAUCCGGGAGCCAUUGAUUUAUUAAACGGAGCCGGAAUGUUUUGGCAAAUUAUUAAGGACGAGCAUUUAAAGUUACUUCCUGGACAACCACGGAUACAGAACACUUCUUUAGGUUGGAUAUUAGGAGGAAAUGUUUUGGAGUCGUCAAGCGACCAUAACAUGAUGUGCAAUCUACUAACGAAUGAUGAACUAAGCCGGCAGCUGGAGAAAUUCUGGCAAUCCGAAGAAAUUAUCGAACAAAGGCAUUACUCACCAGAGGAGCAAAAGUGUGAGGAGCACUUUAAAGCAACAAUGCAAAGGAAUUUAGAAGGUAGGUUCGUAGUAGGACUGCCUCAGCGAGAAGAUAUAAAGCUUGCAGAUUCGUAUAAUACAGCGCUGAAGAGGCUAUACUUUGGAAAACAGAUUUGCACGACAACCAGAAUUGAAGUUGGAAUAUGUUCAAUUUAUGGAAAAAUAUGA